GAAAGCGCGGCGGCGCGCGGGGCGGGCUCCCGGGCUCCGGCAGCGGCGGCUCCCGCCCCUGCGCAAGCCCGGGCCCCGCGGAGCCCGGUCGUUGGACCCCAGUCCAGGGUCUCGGUGGUGCGCGAGGCAAGAUGUUGAGGCGCAGCUUGGAAAACCGGGACGCUCAAACCAGACAACUGCAAAAUGCUGUCACAAAUGUGGAGAAGCAUUUUGGAGAGCUGUGCCAAAUAUUUGCUGCUUAUGUGCGGAAAACUGCCAGACUGCGAGACAAAGCAGACCUCCUGGUGAAUGAAAUAAACGUGUAUGCCUCUACAGAGACCCCAAAUUUAAAGCAGGGCCUGAAAAACUUUGCUGAUGAGUUUGCCAAACUUCAGGAUUAUCGACAAGCAGAGGUUGAAAGACUUGAAGCCAAAGUAGUUGAACCAUUGAAAGCUUAUGGAACCAUUGUAAAAAUGAAACGAGAUGACCUCAAAGCAACAUUAACAGCAAGGAACCGAGAAGCUAAACAGUUAACUCAAUUAGAAAGAACACGUCAGCGAAACCCAUCUGACCGACAUGUUAUUUCACAGGCAGAAACGGAAUUACAGAGAGCUACGAUGGAUGCUACCCGAACAACUCGUCACCUGGAGGAAACUAUUGACAAUUUUGAAAAGCAGAAAAUAAAGGAUAUAAAGACAAUAUUUUCAGAAUUUAUCACUAUUGAAAUGUUAUUUCAUGGCAAAGCUUUAGAGGUCUUCACUGCUGCCUACCAAAAUAUACAAAAGAUUGAUGAAGAAGAAGAUUUAGAGGUUUUCCGAAAUUCUCUGUAUCCACCAGAUUAUUCAUCUCGUUUAGAUAUUGUAAGAGCAAAUUCAAAGUCACCUCUUCAGAGAUCUCUGUCAACUAAGUGUGUAUCUGGAACAGGACAGGUAUCCACCUGUCGACUAAGAAAGGAUCAACAAGCAGAAGAUGAUGAUGAAGAGGAUGAAGACUUAGAUGUAACAGAAGAAGAAAAUUAGUUUAUGAGGACAAAGAUGUAACAGAAGAAAAUUCAUUUUCUUAAGUAAACUUCACAUUUCCAUUUUUAUCUUAAAUGACUUGGAAUCCAAAAUCACUAAAUUGUAAAACUUUAUACUGGUUUGAUACAUUAAACCUCAAAAUGAAAUCCUACUGGAAAUGAAAAAUAAAGGAAAUUUCCGCUGACAAAAAUGAAGGCUUUAAAAAAUAUUACACACCAGUUAUUUUAACAUCCUGUCUAGCAGUAUGUGAUCUUUUUGUAUAGGUUCCAUUUUUUUAAAAAGAUUAUGUAUUUUCAAAGUAUUUCAUAUUAAUUACCUAGUUGAGGUUACAAUAGAUGACAAAAAAGAAAAUAUUUAACAAUACCACUUGCUUCAAGUUAGGACAUCAUGCUUUCAUGCUUUCAUUACCAGAAAAGAGUCCUUAGUCAUUGUGAUUAAAUACGAAUUCUGUUCUAUGAAGUCUUAAUCAAAAAAAAAAAUCUUUCACUUUUAUUUCAGCUUUUAAAAGCCACAUUCAGCCUGAUGCUAGUUUUAAAACAAAACUGCUGUCAUACUCAAGUUGUCAUGGUACUACUGCAACUUUUGGAAAGCUGUAAUUUGGUGGAACGUUGCCUAAGAAAACACUGUGGAAAGGCAUAAAUCAUUAAAAAUUCUAAGAAAAUUUUACCAAAUUACCGUCUAAUAAAAAGGAGUAUAUAGUCACAAUUAUUCCUGAAAAUGUAAAACUAAUUAGAGCCUUUCAAUGCAUCUGAUGCUUUUGUUUCUUUGGAUGGGGAAUUGUACUUUGUUAUUUCAUGGAUCCCAAUCAGGCAUAUACAAACCAAGAAAUUUACAAAGUCAUUUGGGAAAACUACAAAAAGCAAUUAUUCAUAACAAA